AUGAGAUACUUCAAAAAGCUCAACAUUGCCAUCUCCGAUAUGGCCUGCUCUGCGGUGAUCACAUGCUUUGCUCAGUGGUGGAAUGUAGAAGGAUCUGGGAUUGAGAAGAUCAGACUGAUAGAUCAGCAGAACUGGGAGUUGGAUGAGGAAGAGGCGAUGGUGCGUGGUCUUCUCAUCUUUGUGGAUCUUAGCUGA